GUGUUACUUCAUAAGCCAAACAACUCCUUUUACAGAUGGAAUUCCUCUAGAAAUUGAGAUCCCUUUAAAGUUUCCUCUUUGUAGCUAUCUUAUAUGGACUUUAUCCAAUUCCUGGAGCUUGUGAAAUGGCUGACCCACUGACUGACUCAUGGAAACAGUGUGUAGAGUGUGACUUCUCAGCAGUUUGUCGUCCAGUGGAUGCCUGGUACAAACAAGCAGCGAGACUGAGUUACUACUCCGUGGGCAGAGCUUCAGGACUGCUGUCUGGGAUCAGGAGGUCAGAACCAGAACUAGAGCCCAUCGAUCCACUGACAGACAUCAAUGCCCUGCCAGAAAAACAUUUCCCACGCAACUUCCUCAAAAACAUGCCUAUUUGUAUAAAGGAUGUCUUUCCAGAGCUGCAAAGCUGUGAGUUUCUCCAGGACAGUAGCUUGUUUAAGUGUGGGGCCAAUGUGAUCUUCAGUCUGGACUCAAGAAUCUGUCUCAGCAGCUAAGAAUGGACACAGUACCUUUCAGUCAUUCCGAACUACAGUAUACAUACAGUAUUUGUGAGCAAGGCGU